GGCGUUUAAUAAAAAUAUAAACUAAAAUCCACAAAUAUUACAUUAAUAACAUAAUGUUUGUUAAAGUUUUUAAAAUAAAAUAAACCUUUUAAAUUUUGAAAAUAAAAGUACAAGUAUAUUUUUGAGUAAAUAAUUAGGUCAGUCGAUUAAAAAGUUUUGCCAAUUUGGUUACCGGUACGUCAGAAGAUAUUCAUUCGAGAAGUUAAAUUGAAAACAAACUUGUUUAUGAGUAAAUAACAAUAUCAAUUUUAAAAGUGAAAUACGUGUUCUAUUAAGUGUUUCAGUUACUUGUGUUUAUAAGUUUAUUAUUCGAAGUUCUAAGUGAAAUAUGGCAGAACACGAUUAUUUAGAUUCAAUGGAGAACAAUCACUUAGAUGGAGCCAACGGUUCUCUUAACAUGACCGAUAAUAGUUCGGGUGGAGGUGAUGAGGCAUCAGGUACAGGUUUACCUGACAUAGCAGCUAUCAAAGCCCGAGUGCAGGAGAUGGAAGAGGAAGCAGAAAAAUUAAAACAGAUGCAAACUGAAGUCGAUAAACAGAUGAGUAUGGGAAGCCCCCCUGGAAUUACAAGCCCAUUGAAUAUGUCAUUGGAAGAGAAAAUAGAAGCCGACAAUAGGUCAGUGUAUGUUGGUAAUGUGGAUUAUGGAGCAACAGCUGAGGAGUUGGAACAGCAUUUUCAUGGUUGUGGGUCCAUUAAUAGGGUUACUAUUUUAUGUAAUAAAUUUGAUGGUCACCCCAAAGGCUUUGCUUAUAUUGAAUUUGGAGACAAAGACAGUGUACAAACUGCAAUGGCUAUGGAUGAAUCAUUAUUUAGAGGCAGACAAAUUAAGGUGAUGCCAAAGCGCACAAAUAAGCCAGGGCUGUCCUCAACCAACCGGCCACCGAGAGGGGCGCGCGGGCGAGGCCGCUCCUACCGCGGCGGCUACUCGCCCUACUACGCCAGCCUCAGACCCGCGAUCCGCCGCGGCAGGGGUAUAAGGCGGGGAUCAUACUACAAUCCGUACUGAGUAUGGUAGAGGGGCAUCCGCCCCCGCCAAUUAGUGAUAAGUUAGAGGACCUUGUCCGGUUAAGUUAACAGUGGUUUAGUGAGUGUACUAUGAACUGUUAUUUUAAUUUCUCAAAGGGUUUCAAUAAAUCCACUAAUUUUUAUUUUAAAAGGUUACACUAUAUUAUUAUCAUACCUUCAUCUAUUUUUGAAUUUAAAUGCAGAGUCAACAUGAAGAUCAAUAGUAGCUUUAGCUUUAAUGAGGUAAUGUUUUGUAUUUAUUUAUAUUUGAGAAUGUGAAUGUGAAAAAUCAUAGUAACAAUUUACAAUCAGUGUAAUUAUUGCUUUUUUUU